AUGACUUUAUGCAAUUUGGUACUUGAAACACAUUUGGCACACUACAGCGGGGUCAACUUUGAAAAGAAUGAAGACUUCGAAGUUGAACUUGUCACAAACACCGCACUCAACAAUACACUAAUGGCUGAUUCCAUCUAUGCUCUAAGUGGCAAACUCUUUGCCCUUAAUGAUGGCUCCACCCCAACUCUAUCUUACUUUCAGGAUACCGUUAUUCGCAUUGGUGCAACAGGUCCCGAGCAACCAAACUUUACAAACAAAUCAAUCGUGACAAGCCUCGGAAUGGUGAUAUCACGGCGGGAAGUUGCAAGCAAUGUUUCCGACUCUGGUAGUCAUUUAGAAGUCGUUGUUGCUCAUUGUGACUGGGAUGGCCAAGAGCGAGUUCAUCGACGCUUCAAUAUGAAGUACAUUGUUCCCGGAACCAAAAACUUGGUCAAAACACAUACAUUAUACCAAAUUGGCCGUGAAAUUAACAUCAUCAGACGAUUGGUCGACUUUCAUAUGGAGGACCAUAUGGCUGUUGUAGUUGUAAGAUGCCAUAUCACAAGUCAUCUUUGA